UAUUGGAAACUGGUAUAGAUGCAGACGGCAGAAUUCAGUUAAAGACAACAGAUGAACAGAAGACAAGCUAGCCACACACCAAAAUGUAUUUCUGCUAGCAGUUAGCCUGUGGGGAGCCAAACUGAAUCAGCCAACCACCCAUUCCUAUGAAGAUAAAAGAAACCUGGGCUCAUGAGGUUUGCUGGGCACACACCGAGUGGGAUAUCCACCAAGCACUGGAGUACAGAUAACACCGCACUACCACCACUGUGGGUCAUCUAAAAAGGAUCCGCCUAAAAAGGACCUGAUGUGUUUCAGGUAAAAUAACAACCCAAUGUUUAUCUCCCAGGACAAAUUACCUAGCUAAAUGUCAAUGAAUGUUUCAUGUGUGUUUUGAUCUCUCACCAAAUUAAUAUAGUUUUUUAUUUUAACCUCUGUCAUUCAUGAGUCUGGUGGGGAAAGACUAAAUCAACAUGCGCACGAUGGCACAUGCGGUGUCAGUGUUUCUUUCUUUAUAAUUGAAGUGAUUUAACAAGGUGGACCACACACUUAAAUGACUAAUCUAACCACUUAUAAAUUAGAUUACUACUAAAGUGACUUUGGUCUUCUGAAACAACGUGUGUGUUUGCCGGGGUAAUAAAAAUGCUGUCCAAUACCUUCCCUAUGGGAGUUAGAUUAAUUGGACCUGCUUGACAAUGGUGAAAUCAAUAGCAAAGCAAACUCCAGUGUAAUGCAUCAGAGAUUCAGGUGUUAGACCAUGCAUGUGAUUGUCAGUCUUUUUUUCAUUUCAUUGCUACACCUUUCAAAUUAAUAAUUUGGUAUUUUCUGAUGGAUGACCUAUCAUGAUGCCAUUGAUUUAUGUUGCUGCCAGUACAUGCUAUGUAGUACACAUCAUUCAUUCAACGUAGAAUGCUUAUCUUUUUUUUUCUUAUAAUGCCAGAGGCAAGCUAUGGUAGACUUCAUUGAUUUGAGUGUUAAAUGGCUUAAAGAAUGUAGCCUGUUAUUAAUUGCAGUAUCUAAUCUGUGUUCCAUAUGGCAUACCAUUUUUUAUGGCAUAAUAGAGGCUUUCCAUAUUUUUGUUAUUGUAUUUCAAAUUGGAGGUGGAGCCCACCAUUAUAAAUGGCAAGUAUUUCAGAAAAUGUCUUGCUAUUCUGUAAUAUGAUCAUAAGAACUUUAACAGAUCAUGAAACAGGCUGUGUUUCAAAAUGCAUACUUAUGUUCUAUCUAGAACGUUAGGCGAGUACGGACGUCAACUGUCAUUUUUCAAGUGCGAUUCCAAACGUAAGUACGUGAAAAGGCAAGUAUAUACUAAGUUUACGGGAAGUUCCAUAAGCGUACUUGGGAGGUCUGGAAAACAAAGCACGCAUGGGAGCAUACUUUUUCGUUCCCUUCGCGAGGAGGCUAUCCCAUAACACCUUACGGCGCAGCAAACAUUUUAAAAAUUCCUAAUUAAUGGCAGACUAAAGUCCCGCUUGGAAGAUCAAUUUCCAGAGGAUUAAGAAAUACUUUUGUAAAAUGGACAGAUAGCAACUGAUGCGUUCAUUUUACUCCACGGCAUUGGCUUGGCAGGACAAAAGUCAUGCCCGAUGGUUUGGAGAAAAUGGGUUGAAUUAUCAUCUAAAAGUAAAUCGGUGACCACUUGAUCAAGCCUAUGAAUAUUCAAAACUUUUUACAAACCAUUGCACAUUUGUAAAGGUAGUUGUUUCUCAGCAUCUUGAAGCAGGGGUGUGAUCAUGAGUCCAAGCUAAAACGAGAGAUUCUAUUGGACAAAUUCAGGUUGAAGCACAUCCCACCCUAACACCUAGACACAUGUAAAGAACUUGGAAACCUGCCGUCCACCAGGAAAAUCAUCCUAUCCCAGGAGUUUAUUAAGCCGUGUGCAACAUCACUACAGUAGAUCCAUACAUGUUAUUUUCUAUCAUGUUACUUAUGAAGCUCAUUCUAAAAUACAAUGAGUUCUCUUGUAGGGGAACUUCACCGUGUGCAAGUUAUUCCUGCACAAACACCUUGUUCAACUAUUUGUGGUCUACAAUUUACAGGAAAACAAAUAAAAGCGAUCAUAUUUAUUAAAGAUGACAAGUGUUGAUGUCUCCCAACAGUUCUGGUUUUGAGGCUUGGCAUCUGGGGGCUGCAGUUAAUCUGUCUAAUUCCCUACAAGGAGAGAGAAAAGCAUUCAUAAUUUUACAAUGGUGUAAUUAUUUAAUGUAAUUCCUGUUUGAUAUGUUUGCAUAUACUUAAAGUGGACAUUGUCCUUUAAUAUGCCAGUGUUUGUUUUCUAUCCAAUGCAAUUAGCUUACACUAGGAUGAAGUGGCCUUCUAGUUAUAUUGUGUAUCGCCUAUCAAUGUAUAAAGUGAAUGUAAAACCAAGCUAUCUUGAACAUCAUAUGCAUGGGUGUUAUAGUUGUAUGAAUUUAGCACUGAAAGCCUGCUCAUUAGAAAUGUAAUGUUACAUUCACAGUGAAACACAAAAUGACAGAAUAUUGAUCAUUCUUAAACAGUAAGCAAAAUAGUUUAUUUAGCUUCUAUUUUUUUUUGUUGCUUCAAGCUUACCUGUCAUACGUCCACAACGAUGUAGCAGCAGACCAAGUAAUGUGCGAGAGGAGGACCCCACAUAAAAUAUUGAUUCUGGUCGGUGUCAGCUUAAUUCACUAACCUGUACUGAGAACGAUUCUGUGUAAACAAAUGUAGCUAGCUGGCUGCAUGGUGAUGCGGUUUCCUGUUUAGGUCAGUCACAUCGAAGUACAUUUCAAAUUGAAUGGAUUUUAAGCACUGUGCGUUCUCCAUUCUAGACAGUAUGCUCUCUCAGGUGUUCUUGGAAGUUUACCCUUGAAAGAACUGGUGAACGCAGGUGUGUAUUUUGAAACAUAGCCAUACUGUAUGUCAUACUACUCUCCUCUUCCCAGGUAAACCAUGAUCCCCAUCACUGAGCUGCGUUACUUUGUAGACUGUCAGCCUGCCUACCGUAUCCUGAAGCCAUGGUGGGACGUCUUCACUGACUACAUCUCUAUUGUCAUGCUCAUGAUCGCCGUGUUCGGGGGCACGCUGCAGGUCACUCAGGACAAGAUGAUCUGCCUGCCCUGCAAGUGGGUGGUCAACCAGACCUGCAGGAGGUAUUUCAAUGCCACCCUGUCGGCCCCGCCGAUGUUGGAGCCCAAAGGGAUCCAAUACAACCUGGACCGCCACCAGUACAACUACGUAGACGCCGUCUGCUACGAGAAUCGCCUGCACUGGUUCGCCAAGUACUUCCCCUACCUGGUGCUACUGCACACGCUCAUCUUCCUGGCUUGCAGUAACUUCUGGUUCAAGUUCCCCCGGACUAGCUCCAAACUGGAGCACUUUGUGUCGAUUCUCCUGAAGUGUUUUGACUCUCCCUGGACCACCAGGGCUCUGUCUGAGACGGUGGUGGAGGAGAGCGACCCCAAGCCGAUAAAGAUGAAUGGCUCAAUGGAUAAGAAAGUGUCGUGUAUCAGCGAGGAUGUGGAGGCUAGCGUCCCCAUGCUCCAAAGGACAAAGUCUCGCCUGGAGCAGGGUAUUGUGGAUCGCACAGAGACAGGCGUCCUGGAUAAGAAAGAAGGUGAACAGGCGAAGGCCUUGUUCGAAAAAGUGAAGAAGUUCCGCAUACACGUGGAAGAGGGAGACAUUGUGUACAGGCUCUACAUCCGACAGACUAUUAUCAAAGUCAUUAAGUUCAUUUUUAUUAUCUGCUAUACAGGGUAUUAUGUGCACAAUAUUCAGUUCAGCGUGGACUGUAGUGUGGAUAUAGAGAACCUCACGGGGUACAGCAUGUAUCGUUGUGCUCAUCCUCUGGCCACCCUGUUUAAGAUCCUAGCUUGUGUCUACAUCAGCUUAGUGGGGGUAUACGGAUUAAUUUGCAUGUAUACCCUCUGUUGGAUGCUGCGGCGCUCGCUGAAGAAAUACUCCUUUGAGUCGAUACGAGAGGAGAGCAGUUACAGCGACAUACCGGACGUAAAGAACGACUUUGCUUUCAUGCUGCACAUGAUCGACCAGUACGAUCCACUGUACUCCAAACGCUUUGCCGUCUUCCUGUCUGAAGUGAGCGAGAACAAGCUGCGGCAGCUCAACCUGAACAAUGAGUGGACUCUGGACAAACUGAGGCAGAGGAUCACCAAGAACUCCCAGGAGAAGCUGGAGCUGCACCUGUUCAUGCUGAGCGGCAUCCCAGACACCGUGUUUGAUCUGAUAGAGCUGGAGGUGCUGAAGCUGGAGCUCAUCCCAGACAUCACCAUCCCUCCCAUCAUUGCCCAGCUGGUCAACCUGAAGGAGAUGUGGCUAUACCACACCCCGGCUAAGAUCGAGGCUCCGGCCCUGGCCUUCCUCAGGGAGAACCUCAAAUCCCUCCACAUCAAGUUCACAGACAUCAAGGAGAUCCCUCUGUGGAUCUAUAGUUUGAAGAACCUGAGCGAGCUGCACCUGACGGGGAACCUGAGCGCAGAGAACAAUCGAUAUAUUGUUAUUGAUGGGCUACGGGAGCUGAAGAGGCUCAAGGUCCUCCGGUUGAAGAGCAACUUGACCAAGCUACCUCAGGUGGUGACGGAUGUGGGGGUGCACCUCCAGAAGCUCUCAGUUAACAACGAGGGCACCAAGCUGAUGGUUCUCAACAGCCUGAAGAAGAUGGUGAACCUGACUGAACUGGAGCUGAUACGCUGUGAUCUGGAACGCAUCCCACACUCCAUCUUCAGCCUGCACAACCUGCAGGAGAUUGACCUCAAGGACAAUAAUCUGAAGACGAUCGAGGAGAUCAUCAGCUUCCAGCACCUGCACCGUCUGGUCUGCCUUAAACUCUGGUACAACCAGAUUGCCUACAUUCCCAUCCAGAUCGGGACCCUCAACAACAUGGAGAGGCUCUAUCUGAACAGGAACAAGAUCGAUAACAUCCCCAGUCAACUUUUCUAUUGUCGUAAGCUACGCUUCCUGGACCUGAGCCAUAACAAUCUCACCUACAUCCCAGCAGACGUGGGGUACCUGCAGAACCUCCAGUACCUGGCAGUCACAGCCAACAGAAUCGAGACCCUGCCCAAUGAGCUGUUCCAGUGUAAGAAGCUCCGUACUCUGAACCUGGGGAAUAACUGCCUGACGUCUCUGCCAUCGCGCUUCGGGGAGCUGACGGGGCUGACCCAGCUGGAACUGAGGGGGAACAGGCUGGAAUGUCUGCCCGUAGAGCUGGGGGAGUGCAAGCAGCUGAAGAGGACGGGCCUGGUGGUGGAGGAGGACCUCUUCAACACCCUGCCCACCGAGGUGAAGGAGCAGCUGUGGAAGGUGGACAAGGAGACGGCCUGAACAGAUAGGGGUUGGAGGUGGAUGUUAACUCCGUUGAAACAGCCAGGGCCCCUGGAGGACUGGGGAGGACUACACAGACCCAGACAGCACGCUAACCAAGCAGGACCUGCUCACUUUGACUGUACUCUACUGCAGGGCUGCUUUUCAAGGGAAUUUAUGCUAAUGUCCCACCGCCAUGCUACUUUUUUCCUGCUGUAACAGUUGUGAAAUGCAGUUUUAAAAGGGACAUUGGUAAGGAAAAGUGUUAAGUUUUACAACAUGUGUGUGCAUUGAAUGAGAUCAGAUGUGUUGCAUAUGAGAUUGCAAAAUGCAAAUGCAAUUUUCCUGUAAGAGAAAGGACUUAAAUAAUUAGCCAGCAGAUGCAUUUUCUGGUGGGCAGUGUUAUUGUCAUUCAGACAGGGUAUAUUAUCCUGUCAUAUCGUAACCCAUUUAUAUAACACAAUGCAGUAGACUACCCUUGAUCCAGAUUCUCUAGGGUGCUAAGGGAUGGUUAGAGAUUUACGGAACGGGGACAUGGGGGAAGGCCUCAGGGCCAUGCUUUUUACAUUUCAGUCACGGGGAGGGUUUAGUAUUUUUAUUUUUUUCGAGUCCUGUAAUUGAUCAAGUUAUGUUUUAGAAUGAGUUGCUUACUAUAUAACGAUGUGUGCCCGAUGCCGCCCCAAAACCCUUAUUCUCCUCUGGGCACCCAAUUUCAAGUGACCUAUAGUCUAUUUGCUGUGAUCCCAAUCAAAUGAUCCAUUGCUUAUAGGCCUAGACUAUACGAAGUGCAUGCUUGGAGAAGCACAGGGCAAAGUUAUAUUUGUAAAAAAAUGAACUUCCUGGAUGUUUUGCGCUGCUCUGAUGGUGUAAAUAAAACUACACUACAUUACACACUGCAAUGGAUAUUCCAAUCAAGAACCCUGCUCUUGCUGAUCAAAACCUUUUUGUGCUGUCUAACCAAUGGCUGUGCUGUGCAAGUUGGCAGUUCAGGAGGCGAGUCAGAUUUCUUCUCAAAAUAAUUUAAUUCCGGCUAAUUUGAGUAGGCCUAAUUCAUUUCAAGUCUUCAUUUUAAUUUGACUUUAUUAACAAGAGGGCUUUGUGUUGGAGCCUAUUUCUUCCUAUUUAUGAAAAGAGGUAGGCGUACCUGUUUGACAGACGAAAUCAUAGGAUGUUAUAAAUAGAUUUUCUCGGCCAGUUCCUCCACCAACCAUGCACUCUUUAAAAACCUCUGUCAGUGAAGGGCUUAGUGUGUUAAGUGAAAACCUUGGCUCGAAUUGAGGGGGUAUGUGAGAGUACGCCAUACCUUUUGUUAAAGAAAAUGGCAAAAAGCAUAGAAAAUAAAAUAAAACGGACCCUAUUAUAUAAAGCAAUCUAUAAUGGUGCUUUAGUCCGUGAUGCUUUAUGCUAGAAACAAGCUGUAAAAUACAUGGGAAAGCCGAGACUCCGAUGCAUAUGGGGAUAUAUUUGGUUUGUCUAUGACAUUGAGGCUGAGCUACAACCUUCUAUAGCCGACGAGACAAAAAAUUGACUUUGCUUGGGAAGUAAUCUAAUAUGUGUGAUUCUGUCGCUAUCAAUUGAGCUAUUAAUUUUCUGUAAAAUGUUUAAACUCCAACAGCUUUUAGGGAAGUAUGCAAGGUCAACGCAUUCCUCUGACACAGCAAAACACAUGAAUAAGAGGAGCCUGCUUGUCAUCAGAAACGAGGAUUAUAACACAGCUGCAAUGAGCAUUACUAUGGAUGAAGACAAGAUUAACAAAAUAUGGUCUUAUGACAAAAGUACAACAAAUACAUCAUAGGAAUGAUAGCUGGCUAUCGCUAUGUAAACCUGGCAUUGUAUGUCAAUCACUAACUGCUACAGUGUGCAAUACUACCUUUGCUCCUUCUAGCCAAAGGUUAAUACAGUAUGAUCCCCCAAAAAGGGGAUUCUUUUAAAUAGGCAGUGCAUGGACAUUUUCACAUUUCAGUUAAUGGGAGGAGAGAUGUGAAUAAGAAGUCAAGAAGAUUUAAAGGGAUUUCUUUAAAAAAAAUAUAUUGCACCAGAUGGAUGAAAUCAUCUUAUCUACAGUAAGAGCAUAGUCUCGUAUUACACAGUCGAACAAAUGCACAAAAAGCACAGUGUAGGCUAUUUAUGUUAUUGGAGGUUAUUAUGAAAUGCAAAUGUCCUCAGCAAUGCUGGCGUAGACAAUCAACUCUAAUUUCAUGGUGUAUUUUCAGUGACAUUAUGCAUGUUAUAAUGGAUUUAUGUACAUAUUAAUGCUAGAUUACAUAGAAAGUGAGACAAGACUAACAGUAAGGACCAGAUUAAGCCUAGUCCAGGACUAAAAAGCAUUCUCCGUCUCAAUGGAAAUUCUAAUUUGAAAGAGGUUUUUAUUCCAGGACGAGGCUGAAUCUGUCUAGGAAACCGACCCUAGAUGAGUCCUGCCCAUCAAGUGUGGGGUGUCUUGAAGAAACUGUCCCCUUAUGUCCUGUGCAAUGCAGUUUUCAAUAUGGAAACUGCAUUCAGUGCGCGGGGUGUUUGUUGAAGUCUGUGAAUCAAUGUGUCAUCCCAUAGAAACCCAUUUAAAUCUUUUUUUAAUCUACUCUCACUCACUAGCCUAACUCACUAAAUCAAUCUUAUUGGAGCCACUAUUUUUAGGUAGGUUUAUUGAGUGGUAAAUGAAAUGCAAGCAAUACUUUAUGAUAUUAAUUUGAAAAACAGUCACACUUAGACAUUCCAUUUUUCUUCAGUGUUGACAGCUAUUAGUACAGUACACCAAAACCUUCUCAGGAAAUUGCCAUUCAAUUUUAUCCUUGCAUCCUUCUUUUGUUGCCAUUUUUUUUAUUCCACUCAGUAUUUUGAUGUUAAUUUAACAGUUGUUAUACCACACAUUUUUAUAUUUCUAUACUUUUUGAAAUGUUGUUUUCUGGUUUUUAUUAGCAUUUAAUAUAAUAAGAAUUGCUGGUUCGAAAUUGUCGAACUUUGAAUAAAAUAAAUCUGAAAUCAUA